AUGGCCUUACCGCUGAACCUGAUCGCGACGAUCAUCUCCCACGUGGAUGACCAAGGCGACUUGGCUCGUAUCUGCCGAACGUGUCGCGUUCUGAACUACAUGGCCCUUCCCGAACUCUACAGGCACAUGAUCCUCACCUCCUACGACCGCAUCCGAUACCGCGACGAGCAGCCCGAGGGUAUGGGCAGCGCGAGUCCCUUCACGAUGGGACUGAAUGCCGUGAUCACGCGACCGUUCGCCACGCUGGAGCUUGAGGAACACGCGCGCGUGGGCCGGGUGCCGGACGCCUCGAUGCUGUUGAACGUCGCGGUGCGGGCGGCGGUGGAUCGGAUGACGGACCUCGAGAGCUUCAGCUGGGAGCUGAGCACCAAGAUGCUGGAGACGGUCUACCAAGGCCUGGCGCAGCGGCCGCGUCUCCAGUCGCUGACGCUGCGCUUCCCGUCCAGCCGGCACCCGCGACCGACGAUCGUCAUCCCGGCCAUGCCGCACCUGCGGCACCUGAAGGUGACCGACAUCGACCCGCUCUGCUAUCCGGACGACAUCUCGACGCUGCUGUUCCACUGCCGCAAGCUGCGCGAGCUCAAGAUGCACUGGUCGCCACGGAUGCGGAACGCGCAGGAGCCCAGUGUCAAGCUGCACGACUACUUUCGCAAGUGCAUCACGGCGCGGCGGCCGCUGGCGUUGAAGAAGCUCGGGCUACAGAACCUAUAUGCGCUACACAGCGAGGAGUUCAACCUCGCCUUCGACCCCUCCACCUGCGAGGACGUGACGAUCCUGAGCAACACCGGGUCUGAAAGCCCCUACUUCAUGAACACCUUUGUCGACAGCACUUGGCCCACCGCGCCCCCCAACACCCGGUUGCGCAUCAAGAGUGUGCGGCAGGAUAAUACCUCGCGACGCCACGUCGAAUUCCUCCGCUCCUUUACGGGGCUGGAGCGGCUGUACUUCGUCAGCGCGACGGGCGCCCAGGAUACCGACCACGUCAACAACCCCCGACGCCCGGCACGCCUGACAGAGGAGGGGCUGGCCCAGACGGAUGGUGCCACCUCGCAGUCGCAGUCGCAGUCUCAGACUCCCACGGGGACCGCGCCCCCAACCAACAGCACCACGCCCGAGGACGGACGGGCGACGACGGCUUCCCCGGACUCCCGUGGGGCCGCCCACCCCGGGGAUUCCAAGCUCUCCAUUCCGCGUCCGCAGCCCCCGUCGUUGCUGGGCAAACGCCAGCGGGAAGACGAGCACGUGUGGGCUGGAGACCCCGCCACGGACACAGACUCCCCCAUCAUCUGCAUGCCGCCCAUCCUGCCCACCGCGGACGGACGACUCUGGCGGCGGCAGGUGAAACGGGUGGGAUGGGAGACGCUACGGCGUUGGGAGAUCUGGGGGCUCGACACGCAAGAGCUGUGA